AUGAGUAACGCAAACGCCGGGCCACCGCGGCAACCACCAAAGCAGAAGCUCAUCACUCUCUCCCGCGACGUCUUCGAAGCUUUCAAACCGGCGCGCGUGUUCAAGAACACGCCGCAAGGUUCCGAAGAAGGCACAGAGCAGUCGUCGCUGCAGAUCAGUAGCAUCGCGUUUGACGAUGCGGGAGAGCGGGCUGUGACGGCAGGCGAUGACGACGUCUUCAUCUUGUUCGACGCGCGCAGGGGCAAGAAACUGAAAACACUCUACUCAAAGAAGUACGGCAUCAGCCAUGCGCGCUUCACCCACAAGAGCACCAACAUUAUCCACGCGAGCACAAAGAACGAUCACGCUCUCCGCUAUCACUCAAUGCACGACAACAAGUACCUCGCGUACUUCCAGGGCCAUACUGCGACUGUGCGCUCGCUACAAAUGAACCCCAAUGAUGAUACGUUCAUCUCCGCGGGAGACGACGGAACGGUGCGACUGUGGGACCUGCGAAUGCAGGCAUGCAAGGGUGUUGUUAACGACGUAGGCGGCUCAACGAUCGCGGCCUUCGACUCAAGCGGGUGUGUCUUCGCAGUUGCGUGCACCCAGAACCAGACAGUGUUGCUCUUUGAUGCGUCGACAUCGGACGACGCGCCAUUUGCACACAAACCACUGAUCGACCACGAGCUCGCCAAGAUCUCCUCCCCGCCUCCAACGCCGCACUUUACCUCCAUCUCCUUUAGCAACAACGGACACUACUUAUUGAUCGGAACGGACCGCGACACGCACUACAUCCUUGACGCGUUCGAGCUGCACAUCGUGCGGCGGCUGGAGGGACAUGUCGGGCUUGGCCGCAUGAGUGGCGAGGAGCUGAGCUGGAGCGCCGACUCAAACUAUGUGCUGUCGGGUUCGGCGGACGGGAGCGUCAUCGUGUGGGACCUCACGCCACCCAAAGGCGAGACCAAGCUAGAAGCCGUGCGUGGCCGUCCACCGGCGACAUUGACGCCUACCAUCACCCUUCGGCCGCCCGGGGAAGGUGACAUCUCUCCUGCGCGGGCGGUCGCUUUUUCUCCCCGCUACAGUCUGCUCGGAGUUGGCGGCCAAGAGUUCUCAAUGUGGCUGUCAGAGGGCGCGACGCAAGUCGAGGAGGGAUGGUAG